CACUUCACUUGCUUGAAGACUUGCUGCGUUUGUGUGGAUAUGGCGUGCAUAUGAGGAAUUAGCCAACACCCUCAAUAACUUUAUUCACCCAGUUGACGGAGUACAUGAUCAUGAUCCAGGACGGAAUAUUGUUUGGGAGAAUGGGAUGAGAAAGGCGUUGUUAAAUCGCUAAGAUUGUGGAUGUUUUUAUAUAGCAGGCUGGCUAACUGUAGCUUCCUGACACUUUGGUCGGGUGCCUAUCCUAGCUAACUAGCAAAACAGCUAACGUUAACCACAAAAGCUGUUGGCUAUAUAUAACAAAAUAUUCUUAUUGAGGACAUUUUAUGAAUUGACACGAUUUUAGUGUUGGUAGUUUGGUGUAAUAGAGUAACAUGAUGCAAAUGAAAUGGGUGACUUUAAUACCUUGGACACUUUGUUAAGUCAAAGACGUUAGCUAGUGGUGCUAGUUUGACAAGAUGGCUUGCUUGGUUAGUUGACAGUCCAUAGUUCCUUCAGUUAACGUUACCUUGUGUUGUCUUUGCAAAGGUUAGCCAGAUAACAUAAGUAAGACGCUGUUCAUUUGCACUGCGUCUUUAGUCGACAAAAUUACGUGUCUAAAUAACCAUAGAAAUCAUAGCUAGUAAGCCAGCUUCAUCGGAGGCAACGUCCGAGACUGCUUCACCAUGCAUGAUGCCUAUGAGCCCGUCCCUAUCUUGGAGAAAUUGCCUCUCCAGAUUGAUUGCCUGGCGGCCUGGGAGGACUGGCUUCUUGUCGGAACAAAACCAGGCCAUCUUCUUUUGUACAGGAUCAGGAAAGAUGCAGGUACCAAUAGGUUUGAGGUGACCCUAGAAAAGUCCAACAAGAACUUUUCAAAAAAGAUUCAGCAGCUGUAUGUGGUGUCACAGUACAAAAUUCUGGUCAGCCUUCUUGAGAAUAACAUCCAUGUUCAUGACCUCCUGACGUUCCAGCAGAUCACUGUUGUGUCCAAGGCCAAAGGGGCCACUCUCUUUGCUUGUGAUCUUCAGCAAUCCUCAUCUGGAGAGGCCAAGUUAAGGAUGUGUGUGGCUGUGAAAAAGAAACUCCAGCUGUAUUUCUGGAAAGACAGAGAGUUCCAUGAGCUGCAGGGUGAUUUUGCGGCCCCUGACAUCCCCAAGUCCAUGGCAUGGUGUGAAAAUUCAAUCUGUGUCGGAUUCAAGCGGGACUACUACCUGAUCAGAAUGGAUGGCCGUGGAACUAUCAAGGAGCUCUUUCCUACUGGGAAACAGCUAGAACCCUUGGUUGCCCCACUGGCUGAUGGGAAAGUGGCGGUGGGACAGGAUGAUCUCACAGUUGUACUGAAUGAGGAAGGAGUUUGCACCCAGAAGUGUGCCCUCAACUGGACAGACAUUCCUGUUGCCAUGGAGCACCAGCCGCCGUACAUCAUCGCCGUGCUUCCGCGCUACGUGGAGAUCCGCACGUUUGAGCCGCGACUGCUGGUGCAGAGUGUUGAGCUGCAGAGACCGCGGUUCAUCACCUCCGCAGGGCCUAACGUUGUGUACGUGGCCAGCAACCAUUUUGUGUGGCGCCUGGUGCCCGUCUCCAUCGCCUGCCAGAUCCGGCAGCUCCUGCAGGACAAGCAGUUUGAGCUGGCUCUUCAGCUGGCGAAGAUGAAGGACGACUCGGACGGCGAUAAGAGACAGCAGAUCCACCACAUCCAGAACCUGUACGCCUUCAACCUCUUCUGCCAGAAGCGCUUCGAUGACUCCAUGCAGGUGUUCGCCAAACUGGGAACAGAUCCCACACACGUGAUUGGGCUGUAUCCAGACCUGCUACCAGCCGACUACCGCAAGCAGCUGCACUACCCCAACCCUCUGCCCACGCUGUCGGGAGCCGAACUGGAGAAGGCCCACCUAGCUCUGAUCGAUUAUCUUACACAGAAACGCAGUCACUUGGUCAAGCAGCUGAAUGACUCUGACCCCUCUACGACCUCGCCCCUUAUGGAAGGCACGCCGACCAUCAAGAGCCGCAAGAAACUGCUGCAGAUCAUCGACACCACACUCCUCAAAUGCUACCUCCAUACCAAUGUGGCUUUAGUGUCUCCUCUCCUGCGGCUGGAGAACAACCACUGCCACAUUGAGGAGAGCGAGUAUGUGUUAAAGAAGGCCCACAAAUACAGCGAACUCAUUAUCCUCUAUGAGAAGAAGGGCUUGCACCAGAAAGCCCUGCAGGUCCUGUUGGACCAGUCCACCAAGGCCAACUCGCCACUCAAGGGCCAUGAGAGGACAGUCCAAUACCUACAGAGACUGGGGGUGGAAAACAUUGGCAUCAUUUUCGAGUUCUCUCCUUGGGUGUUGAAAACCUGCCCCGAGGAUGGCCUCAAGAUCUUCACGGAGGACCUCCCGGAGGUGGAGGCGCUGCCCAGAGACAAAGUGCUCAACUUCCUGAAAGAGGGCUUCAAGGAGCUGGCCGUGCCGUACCUGGAGCACAUCGUGCACGUGUGGGAGGAGUCAGGCCCCGAGUUCCACAACGUGCUCAUCCUGCUCUACCUGGACCGCGUGCAGGCGCUCAUGAAGGAGUACCUCAACUCUCUGCCCCAGGGAGUGUCUGCGGUAGCAGCAGGCUUUGAGGAGGGACAGCUCGGGGAGUUCAGAAACAAACUGCUCAACUUCCUGGAGAUCUCCUGCAACUACGAACCCGGACGACUCAUCAGCGACUUUCCUUUUGAUGGUCUGCUUGAGGAGCGAGCGUUGCUGCUGGGCCGCAUGGGGAAGCACGAGCAGGCCCUCUUCAUCUACGUCCACAUCCUGAACGACACACACAUGGCUGAGGAAUACUGUCAUAAGCAUUACGACAAGCUAACAGAUGGCAAUAAGGAUGUCUACCUGUCCCUGCUGCGCAUGUACCUGUCCCCUCCAGACGUCCACUGCCUCGGCCCCAUCAAGAUGGAGCUGUCGGAGCCCCAGACCAACCUGCAGGCGGCGCUGCACGUUCUGGAGCUGCACCACAGCAAGCUGAACACCACCAAGGCCAUCAACCUGCUCCCGGCAAACACGCAGAUCAAUGAGAUCCGUGUGUUUCUGGAGAGCGUGCUGGAGGAGACGGCGCAGGGCAAGCGCUACAACCAGGUGCUCAAGAGUCUGCUGCAGGCCGAGUUCCUACGGGUGCAAGAGGAGAGGAUCUUCCACCAGCAGGUGAAAUGCGUGAUAACCGAGGAGAAGACCUGCAGAGUGUGCAAGAAGAAAAUUGGGAAUAGUGCCUUUGCCCGGUAUCCUAACGGUGUGGUGGUGCAUUACUUCUGCUGCAAGGACCGCAGUGUGUGUCCCACGGAGCAGUGAUGCCCGCGUUACCCAGCGGGCACACCAGCGACACGGACACACCGCGUCUCUGCCCCCCACAGAGACCCCUACGGACUUCAAGCGGGUGCACAGAUUUCACAAAAAAACUGAAGGUUUUAUAGUGACUCGUUCAUCUGUGGGGAAAUAAGAAUAUGCCUGGGACAACUGAAGGACAUGGAUCUCAAGCCUUUUGUCAGCCUUCCAGUGACCCUGUUGGAAUGAUCGGAGUGUAGUCUUGGGGAGGGGAGAGGGGAGUGGGCACCGCAUUUUGCCUGAACUGGAAAGAGGCAACAAGAGCCCAAUCCUGACUUUUGAAGAGAGGAAAUAGGUCUGCCAGAUGCAGUGAGAGAACAUGAACUCUGCGGAGCCUCUUGAAAAGUCUACAGCCCCAAAAGCACCCCCCCAUCAGUCCUCUGUGUAUGCUUGGAUGUUCCUAACUCUACAUGUCUUGUUUUGCACAUUAACACUCUCUGUCGAGCUCUGCAGCGUGUGUGUACCUUAUAAACAAGUGAUCUUGUCCCCUCUGUUGCCUGUUGCUCGCCUCGUCUGAGCCCCUAUUAGCUCCGCCGAUGGCCAACAGCGUUCGCUUUUGGACUCGGUGUUCUAUUUGUAUAGCUUUAGGUCUGGCUGCCCUGAGCAGCACUGAGCAGCGCCAAGCAGGAAACCUGACACCAGACAGCUUUAUCUGCAACUACACAAUAGAGCCGGCGAGAGGCCCUUCUGAACAGGCCAAGGCUGAGAGCGCUGCUGAGUGCCUCUCGAGCACGGCCCGGCCCUGCCCUGCCGCUGUUGCUUACAUUUCUCUCUUUUCUUUUUUUCUUUUUUUCUUUUUCUUUUCUUUUUCGUUUUACUUCCUUACACACAUUUUUUCCCCCAUCUUUAUUGAAGUAUGUCAGCGUACAGUACUGUACACGCCUGUGUUCUAUACAGCAGCUACAGCAACUUGCUGUGUUAGAUGCAGAAACUGUCGCACUGUGGUAAAUGCUAGGGCACAAGAGCAUGGCACUUUAGGGCCUGUGUGUAAUCUAACUUAUGGUUUCGUAUUUAUUUGUAACGCCGGAUCUAGCACCGCAAGGGGGACAGAAGGUAUUAGAUAGAACUGAUGAUUAUGCAGGAAUGUUUCGGCUGUAAUGAUUGGUGGGUUUGGGGAGGGGGGCGGGUCUCAGGGGACACCAGACCACGGCACUGUCAUCAGGAGGUGCGUUUUGUGUCAUACUAAUCCUGUGAUCUGUUGCUUAGCUUUGGCUGUCCAUCUGCGGCCAUCUGUUUUUUGUUUUGUUUGUUUGGUUUUUUCCAUCAUUUUUGUUUUUUUUAGUUGCCCUUCUCGACCUUGACUGUUACUGUUGUUUAACAUGGUUUCACAGACAUGCAAAAUUCCGCAAUCUGUAUAGAGAUGGUCUCUGAGCGAAAAGAUUGUAUUUUUAAAACGAAGUUGGAAGCUGUGGCAAUUGCUAAUAAACUUGCAUCACCUUCACACUUGA